AUAAGCCGGAUGGGAGAGACCUCGAAUGGAAGCCCUCCUGUGAUGGCAGGGAAAGAUGGGAAGCUAGAGUCAAAAGGUGGAGACGUUAUUCGGCAGGGAUUCAUGAUAAAACGUUCACAGAACAAGAAGCGCUUUACCCCGGUCAAUUACAAGCAACGAUGGUUUAUCCUGACCAAACAUUAUCUCAUCUACUACGACGGAGAUGGUGAGCGUCGCAAGGAACGCGGACGGAUCGCCGUGGAAAGCGUCCACGUGGUGGAGACGGCCAGUCUCGGGAAUGGUGGAGGUGCUGUCAGUGAUGUGGCGGGUGGCGGUGGCGGCGGCGGCGGCGACGCCGUCGGCGGAGGCGGCGGAAUACCAUCCGGACUGCCUUUCCAGGUGGGAUAUCGGGAAGCUGGUCAAGAGUACACACUCUACCUCCUCGCCGCUCGCGAACAGGAUCGCACCGAAUGGAUACGCGCUAUACGCGCUGUGUGCAGUGAGAAUUCGGGCUUGAGCGGGCGUUAUCACGCGGGCCUAUGGAGCGGAAAACGUUGGUCCUGCUGCCGAUUAUCAACACGCUCCGCCGAAGGCUGCGACACUUGCAGCUCCUGGUCUUCGAAGCCAACUACGAACGCUACAAAUCCGUCCUCGACGACAAUGUCAGCCUCGACAACAUCGACAACGUCCGUGCCUGGUAGCACCAAUAUCAUUAACAAUACCAUUUCAACGACUACCAUCACGUCCGAUCAUCGUCCACAAUCCAACGCCGAAGCGAAUAACAAUCCAAUCGUCCAAUCGCAGACCCGCUCAACAAUCGGAACGCCUUCGACUCCGAUAAUGCCAGGUGGUACACCCGGCACACCAUCCUCUAAAGCAAAGGAAAAGAUAAUGUUGCGGGCGAAAGUUGUGGUGGCUCUGUAUCCUUUUCGAGCCAUCGAAGGCGGCGAUUUGUCUCUUGAAAAGGGUGCAGAGUACGAGGUCUUGGACGAUUCUCAGGAACAUUGGUGGAAAGUUAAGGACGAGAAUGGAUCGAUCGGUUAUAUUCCUAGCAACUACGUUAAAGAGAAGGAAUUAUUGGGACUGCAGAAAUACGAAUGGUACGUAGGUGAUAUGUCAAGACAACGCGCCGAGUCAUUGCUGAAACAAGAAGAUAAAGAGGGCUGUUUUGUCGUUCGUAAUUCGUCGACGAAAGGGCUUUACACGCUCUCACUUUAUACGAAAGUGCCACAUCCCCACGUGAAGCAUUACCACAUCAAACAAAAUACCCGCGGAGAAUUUUACUUGUCGGAAAAGCAUUGCUGUGGCUCCAUUCCCGAUCUAGUUAAUUAUCAUAGACACAACAGCGGUGGUCUAGCCAGUCGAUUGAAGACCAGCCCCUGCGAUCGUCCUGUACCACCGACUGCCGGCCUCAGUCAUGACAAAUGGGAAAUCGACCCAGCGGAAUUACAUUUGUUGGAGGAGCUUGGAUCCGGCCAAUUUGGAGUCGUGCGGAGAGGAAAAUGGCGCGGCUCUAUCGAUGUCGCCGUGAAAAUGAUGAAAGAGGGAACCAUGUCCGAGGAUGAUUUUAUAGAAGAAGCUAAAGUAAUGACAAAACUGCAACAUCAAAACCUAGUCCAGCUAUACGGCGUUUGCAGUAAAGAUAGACCAAUAUAUAUUGUCACGGAAUACAUGCGGCAUGGAUCUCUUCUCAACUACCUCCGCCGUCAUGAAACCUCAUUAGGUGCAAACGUUGGCCUCUUGUUAGAUAUGUGUAUACAGGUUUGCAAAGGAAUGGCAUAUUUAGAGAGGCACAACUAUAUACACAGAGAUCUUGCAGCACGUAAUUGUCUGGUGGGAUCGGAAAAUGUAGUAAAAGUUGCAGAUUUUGGUUUAGCUAGGUAUGUACUCGAUGAUCAGUAUACCAGUAGCGGUGGCACUAAAUUUCCUAUUAAAUGGGCGCCUCCGGAAGUUUUAAACUACACGCGCUUCAGUUCGAAAUCGGAUGUGUGGGCAUACGGAGUACUUAUGUGGGAAGUGUUUACGUGCGGAAAGAUGCCUUACGGUCGCUUAAAGAAUACGGAAGUCGUCGAGCGAGUGCAGCGAGGAAUUAUUUUGGAACGACCUAAAGCGUGUUUCAAGGAAGUGUAUGAGGUAAUGCGCAAAUGCUGGGCUCACUCUCCGGAAGUACGACCGUCCUUCCGCGUCCUGAAAGAGCAGCUGAUUAGCGUCUCUCAAGGAUUAGUCAACGAUUGACUCAACCUUUUGCGGUGUAUGCGCCUGUCCUCACCAUCCUGCCGAUCGAUCCGCUCGACGGCAAAAUUGUCGCCGUCAUCGGAACGAUUGCCCUCUGCCGGUCUACCCUCGUCAAACUUGCCGUACAAUUCAGCAACGUUGCCGUCGCGCAAGACACGCGCGCCGGCUUCCCCGCCGCCUUCCACAAUCGAUUUCCCUCGUCGUUUCUCAUCGACUACGUGCAAAUCAAAAAGAGAGGGCUCCUCGUCGCCGAAUACACCCGGGCAUCAAGCUAGUCAACAAAAACCAUCUUCGAGCUCGACUAAUAAUGUGUGUGACGUUUGCAGUUCCUACGGACAUCCGUGGAUUGAAAUAUGCAAGGCGAUACGAGCCACUAAAGGUAAAUGAGUAAAAAGAGUGUGUGUACGUGUAAUUGAGUAAUUUACACUACUCUCCAUUGCGAGCUAUUAGAGAGCCGUAAUAUGGAGAAGUGAUUCUAACGAAACCCCAUAAGCGUUAAUGCCUCACUUCUUUCGUCUACCUUCUCCUCUUAUCUCUCGUCCUGCUCCGUAUGCAUCUCUGAACAUCUUGAGGCAGAUGUAUUUCGUAUAUUACGUGACUUUACUCGAUACUGGGAUGCGUGAUACUCUCUACGUGCGUUUCACAUACUAUUUUUCCCAUAUAAUUUUUAGAUUUUACUCUGUAUCGUCAUAAAUACAUUUAUAUAGAACAAUAGUAUUUAUUGAUGGCCUUUGCAACAGAUGCAAUAUUCAACUUGUGAUUCCGCUUAGAAUAAAUCAUUUUUUAUUAUUAUUUUGACAAAAAUAAUAACACAACUUUUAAUCAGAGAUAUGGUUUCUGCUUAAUAAACCGAUUUAAUAAGUAAA